AUGGGCAAAUCUAUCCUCCUAAUCAACGGCCCCAACCUGAACCUCCUGGGCACCCGCGAACCACACAUCUACGGACAUACUACACUAGCUGAUGUGGAAAACAACAGUCGUGAAGUAGCCGCCAGCCAUGGGGCCACCCUCGAAUCCUUCCAGUCGAACCACGAGGGCGCAAUCGUGGACCGCAUCCAGGCUGCCCGUGGCAAGGUCGACGGCAUUAUUAUCAACCCGGGCGCGUACACACAUACCUCUGUGGCAAUUCGGGAUGCGUUGCUUGGUAAUGGGAUCCCGUUCAUCGAGCUACAUGUUAGCAAUGUCCAUGCGCGCGAGCCGUGGAGACACCACUCAUACUUUAGCGAUAAGGCUGCGGGGAUUAUCGUGGGGCUUGGGGUUUAUGGGUAUAAGGUUGCUGUUGAACAUGUUUGUGUCAAUUUUGAGGAGAGGGAGAAGGAGGCAAAAGCUGCGCUUUGA